AUGAUCGCAGACGGGAAGCAAAGGCCAGGCCCCGAGCGAACCGAGGACCUUUACGACGGCGCCGUCUUCUCCGACCUCCUCGAGAUCCUCGACGAUCAGUACAACCCCUCUGAGCUGCAAGCAAACCUCGCAAACACUCGGCCUGUCGAGAAUAGGAGGCGGAACCUGCACGUUAUUCAUUUAGCCCUGAGAAGCCUGGUGCGGACCCAUUGCGCCGACGUCGAGAUGUUGAUCAACGACAUCAAUUUCCAAGCCCUGGACAAAGAGCCCCAGAAUGAGGGCAUGUCACAGAUCCUGGCCGCUUUCCUCGUAGCGAGCGUCAAUUUGGCAGACAAGGACCUGUCUAGGAGCUUACUGCAACACAUGCAGUCAGCACCCCAAGAUGCUCAGACCAUUCAUCAUUUGUGGUCAAUCCUGAAAGAGGCCCAGGAUAAGAUUACACGUGCCAAAGAUACACCGUCCGAGUCUAAUCAAGCAUCCAGCGGGCACGAUGACGAGCUUGCCAGGGAGGCAGAGAUCGUCCGGCUUCGUCGCGAAUAUGAACACGUCAAACGGCAGGGCGCCGACUACAAGACUCAGUAUGACCGCCUGCUCGAAAACCAUGCCGAGCUUGUUGAACGCCAGCGCAUGCUGCAACAAGAGAAGGAUGAUCUAGCAACAUUGGUGGAAAGUAGCAUGCUUGGCUCCGAGCAACAAGCUGGUCUGAGAAAGGAGUUGAAGGAGAAGAUCGACCUCAUUGACCAACUCGAGGCACAACUGCACGACACCAACCUAGAACUGCAUCGAGUCAAACAGGUGGCAGUAAAGCUCGAGGCCGAAGUAAAUGAGCUCACCAUACUCAAGGACGAGAACCAGGAAUUGAGGAUGCAGAACGAUGUUCUGAGCAAGAAGGCAAACGCUGCCGCUCAUCUCAAGCAAAAGCUGGAGAAACUCACCGGCCUGGAAAAAGAGAUCGUUGAUCUCCGAAAGGAGAAGAACGAGUUUUACGAGUCACAGAUGCAGUUCAUUAAUGCAGAGAAGGUCAUCGCGCAAUACAGGGCCGAGAGUGACUCGUAUGCGCAGAAAAUACAUGCCUACGAGGUUCAGGUACAUGAGUACCGCGAUCAGAAGACUGCCUGGACGCUGGAGAACCAGAGGUUGCAGAGGCAGAUCGAAUCCUUGGAUGUGAGGGCCAAACACGACGAGGAGCUCAUCAGAGAGCUACAGGAGAAGAACUUGCUGUCCGCGCCAGGUACGCCCUCGGCUCCUGCGCACCAGACUCUAAGUCUCGAGGACGAGCUCCGCGACACGAAUGAGCCGUCCUUAAAAGAUCUCGAGGUAUCCCGCCUCCAAGCCGAGAUCGCGCUUCUCAAGAGCAGUAUCGGCACCGAGACGGAGAAGGGCCAACUCCUCCAAGAAAUCGAGAACGAACGGGAGUCGCGCAGGGCUUUGCAGGACAAAUUCAACGAGCUCUUCGAGAAGCACACAGUCGGGGAACAUUCUUUGAGUGCACUCAUUAACAACAUGAGUGAUGAAGGGAACGAUGCCUACUCCAAUAUGCAGAAGCAGAUGCUUACUGAGGAGAACCGCGCCAACCAGCUAGCACGUGAACUUGAAGCCGCCCAGGCUGAGAUCAAGGACAAAGAGCGUGACGUGCUCGAAGCUCGUAGCGACCUCGAAGCUCUCACGAAAGGCGGACAAGACGUCCUUGCCGAGCUCAAACAGGCGGACGGCAUGCUGGCUGUCUCGUUGCGCUCCGAGCUUGACGCACUGCGCCGUAGCUAUAAGGACCUAAAGUCCAACUUCGACUCUAAGCUAGAGCAGUUGGUUACGGCCUUCAUCGAAAAGGAUAAGUUGCGUAAGGACAAUGAGACAGCCACUGCGGAGCUGCAGAAGGCUGCAGAUGGCCAGUACGUCGACCCGAAUGUGGUCAAGACUACCGAGAAGAUGGAGAAGCUGCGCGCUCGUUACAAGAAGCUGAGUGAGCAACUGGAAAAAUCCGAACAGAGUCGCCACGAGCUCGACAAAAUGCUCAAGGCCGUUCGUGACGGUACUGCCGGUGAUGCACAGAAAAUACAUCAAGAUCAAAUCAUCAAGAAUCUCCAGCGCGAGAACGCGAUGAUCGCGAGUGCUUGGUAUGAUUUGUCAAACCGGCUGCAGAGCAACCACGUCGUGCUGCAGAGGCGGAACGAUGCGCCUAAGAGCUGGCUCAACAAACAGAGGCAAAUGGUCAACGGUGAGAUCCACCCGCUCCUUUGGCAACACUGA